AUGGUCUCCACUACUAUCAACUUCUCCGGCCUCAUGUGCCUCGUUCUUGCUCUCGGCCCUGCCAACGUCCUCUCAGCUCCCCAGCUGCCCGCUCUCCCAUUCCCAGAGCUCAUCAACCACGGCCCGGAGACCACCACCCACGGCCCAGGAAACACCGAAACCUCCGCCGGUCACGGCGUCAACAUGGACAUCCCCGGCGGCCCUAACGUCGACGUCGGCGCCGGCUUCCACGACGUCCACCGCGGCCCCUGCGGCCCUGGCUCCGGCAGCGACCAAAGCGCCGGCGCCGGCGUGUUCAUCAACAUGCCCGGCGGCCCUGACAUCGACGUCGGCCAAGGCAUGCACAACCACCAAGACGGCUUCCCUUGCCCCGAGCCUCCUGUCGUGCCCGUUCCCGUCACCACCACCAUCAACCCUGCCCCCGUUGUUGUGCCCACCACCACUGAGACCUACACUCCUCCCACCUGGACUGCCAUCACCGCCAUCCUCCCACCCACCUUCACAACCCCCAUCUCCGUCCCUCUCACCACCGCCCCACCCGCAUGGGCACCCGCCGUUCCCACCGUGCGCUCAACUCCUCUCAUCCACCCCGCACCAACCGCAUCGGCCUCUCCCUCCGCCGUGCCCUAUGUCCCCGUCUUCAAUGCCGGGUCGUCUCUGGUUCCCGGAUCCGUUCUUGCUUUGGCUCUCCCCGCUAUUUUGGCUUUCUUCUAA